GCAGUAUAUAGAAACAAGGAAGGUUCACAGAUUGCACCACACAUGAGAGGCCACAGACGUCGUUGUCAUCUUGCAAAGCUUUCAGAGGAAACAAAAAAACAAAUUGAAGCAUUCUUUCCUUUCUAAAAACAUUUGUUCAUUGCUGCGCAGCAAUAAACAGGUGCCACUGAUACGUGCAUUCUCAUUCUUUCUGAUAUGAAAUGCUUCCAUCUGCUCGCGUGCAAGCAAGUCCCUACUGUUACCCACAACUGUUAAUUGAUGCAAGAAUGAACUAAGUAUGCCAGCAACAUGCUCUGUGAAGGUACAUUUCUCGGUGAUGUAGGCUAAAAAUGUGAAGUGAGGGGAUAAGUAUGCUAAAUCACCUUCAGGCUUCAAGUACAUUUAUUGAUAAUCGCGUUGAUCAGUUGGAACCCCUCCCACGGAAAUGCUCUGAAUCUCUUGCUGAGCUGCUCGUAACAGCCUUUACGCCAGCAAAGUAUCUGUGGUAAUAAUGGGCUGCCCUCAGCCAACUUUUCCAGGCUUUAUGAUGAUAUGAAUAAAAUGAUCAGUGCAAUGGCAAAACACGGAAAAAGGCAUUUUUAGGCUUUAAAAAUUCAGUAUAGGCACUAACAUUAAAAUAUGCGUUGAUAGACAUGAUGAAGGUGCCUCUAAAAUAUGACAUUUUGCCUAGGGUCCCGCUCUCUCUUGUGAUGAGACGUGUAUGUACAGAGAAGUACAACACAUGUAAAUACAGUCAAGGAUUCUGUAUAACGUACAGUAGUGUAUAGUGUACAGUGCACAUACACAGCAGUACAUAUGUAAUCAUCGGUCCACAAAUUGGUAGUCUAAAUGAAAAGAAAAAAGAUAAUAAAAUCAAAGAAUUCACAAUCAUAUGCAUAUAUUCCAUUAAGAUGUCUGUGCAUGUGCCAGAUACCUGCGAACGGACGUUAUAUAUGUGCUGAUUUUAUUCGUACGUGCUGUGUUGUUUUACCACGCAGUGCAAAGGUGCGCUCACUGGCACUUGGUAAUUUUUCGGCCAAAAUUUCGUGCUGUAUUAUUAUAACUCGGCGCAUCCGGUGGCAUAUAUACCCAGCUGCUCAGGAAAGAAGAAAUAUUAGAAAAAGAAGCCGUUGAAUGUCAUAUGCGUGCUCUUCCUAAUUAAGAGACUGUGUGCUGCUUUUAAAUAUUCCUAUCAGCCUACAUUAUACGUACAGGUUUUACGUCGUGAUCAAACGCGUCUUAUUGCACAAAACAUACGCAGGCUUUGUUUUAGGGGUGAACAGUUUAACCAGCUUGCUGUGUGUAGCUCCGAGACAGCACGCUAGGGCUCGUCCUGUCGUUAUAUAUGCUUUCAUAUAUGUGAUCGUGUGCUUUUGUGGCGCUCAAUUCACGAUUCUUUCAUAGGCAAAGGAAGGUGCGCUUGGAAAACAAACGGCGCGCGCAGAUUAAACAGCGCUAGCGAAACGAAUCUGGCUCUUCCGCGCGUAGCGUAUUCCCUAGCCUUGAAGCGUGUUUAUCCCUGUGCAUAUUCCCUAGCUGGCAUCAACACGGCGAUGCCUUGCCACACAAAGCUUCAGUGACAGCAGCUGACAGCCGCAUACGAGCAAAGAAUUGGUAUACGGAGCAACUCCGUGCCGUAAACACCACGUACGGUUUAGUUUACCGUUAAGUCGAUCGCACACUGCCUUGCAGCGAUACGGUCGAUACGUACGGCGAUAUAGCCUGUGACAGCUGCACACGGGGCCUUUCCAAAAUACCAUAGCAUCAGCCAUGUCUGCAGACCUGACUGUGGCACUUUCUGCAUUCACUGUUGACCUCUACAAGCAGGUACUUGCAAAGAGUGGCGGAAUGAAAAACAUAGUCGUCUCCCCAUUCAGCAUUGCAGCCGCAUUGUCAAUGACACUUGCAGGAGCCAGACAACGCACGGCCGACGAAAUUGCAAGUGUCCUGCAUACAAGAGACAACUUGAUCCACUCACAGUUCUCCGAAUUCUUUGCCAUAGUUUCAACCUAUUCACCAGAUGUUGUGCUCGAGGUGGCCAAUUGUUUGUACGCAGAAAAAACUUGCGACAUUCUUGAAGAGUAUCUUGUCACAUUGAAAACGUUUUACAAUAGCGCUGUGGUGCCGGUGGAUUUCAGAAACGAGGCUGAAGCGGCAAGACUUGCCGUCAAUUCUUGGGUAAAAGAAGCUACAAAAUCAAAGAUUGUUGACUUUUUUCCCUCUGGUGUGCUGGAUUCUGACUGUGUACUUGUCUUGGUGAAUGCCAUUUACUUCAAAGGUCUGUGGGACAAGCAAUUUAAUGCUGAAGCAACAGCUCUUAAGAACUUUCACCUCUCAAAAGAAGCAGCAAAAGAAGUUCACAUGAUGUACAAGCUGGCAGAGUUCAAGGUCAAUGUGGAAUGUGGUGACUUGAAUGCUGCUGCCAUUGAAAUACCGUACAAAGGCAGCAAGACAUCCAUGGUGAUACUUCUUCCUCAUGAAGAGGAUAGCCUUCCGCAGCUUGAGGCUGCACUAACUCUGCCGAAGCUGUUGGACGUUGUAAGGGGACUUGAAACAGCUCUUGUUGAACUCAGUCUUCCACGUUUUAAGAUUGAACAGAGUGUGGAUAUAAAACAAGUGCUUCAGUCAAUGGGUGUACAGGACUUGUUCUCGCACAGAGCUGACCUCUCCGGGAUAAACGGGAAAAAAGACCUUUUUGUUUCGGCUGCCUUCCAUAAGGCUUUUGUGGAAGUUAAUGAAGAAGGUACAGAGGCGGCAGCUGCUACGGGAAUAGUGAAAAAGAAAAAGAAAAAAUGUAUCAUUAGCACAAUCCCUUUUGUUGUUGACCACCCUUUCAUGUUUUUCAUAAAAAGUCAUGACCCAGACGUGAUUCUUUUUGCUGGCUCAGUGCGAGAUAUGCCUAGUGCAGAGUGAUGUGUGAAGCAUUUAUCUCCAGCUUUAGGAUUACCUUUAUGGAAAUUCACAUAAUGCCGAAUUAUUUCUGCAUAGGAAAAAAGACAAAAAAGUGCUUUUAUCAUCUCAUACCAAGUACAAAGGCAUUAAUUUGAUGCUCACAUCUUCUUUAAAUGUGAGCUGUCGUGAAUACCACGACUUGCUAAUAGGCGUUGCGGGAACCUAAUGUUGCUCUGUGCAUUAGACUUUCUGGUACUGAUAACUCUUCAUUGCUUAGCAAACGCGUAACGGUGACCUUCCUUGAAGGUUUUGACCGUCCAGGAGAUGCUACUUUCUAUAUUUAAUAUAGUUGAAAGAUGAGCUGGUGACUUAGGCCAGCACCUAUGGCAGAUAGUCACUCAUACUUGAUUACCAAAUUUAUAGUGCCAAAUAUCUGCACCAUUUGUUAUUGGUGUGAAUAUAAUUUACUACACCUUAAAAAAAGUCUUUGUUCCUGUUGCCACUAUUUAGUAUGAAGUCAGUGGGUGUGCUCAGGGCUGGGCGUGAAUCAGCUGUAUGGUCAAAUACGCUCGCACUAUUUUUGAAGGCACAAGUUGAUGUCAUUGUUAAAACAUAAUAACUACAACCGCUGCAGCUGGAGAAACUACGUCAAAGUAUGAAACAUCGCAGAACACAUGAAGCGGGCUGCUGUGCUCGCUGUACUACACUAAUAAAGAAACAUCUUUCCUUCGCACCAAGCCAACUUGUUCUUUGAAAAGUUUAGAUUGUGCUUUGAAAGAUGCUUCACGUGAACAAGUUCCCAGAGGGGCACUCAUGUGUAGUGCGUCUCAAGAUAACUUGACUUCCUAAAGCGUUUGAGCAUUUUGAUAACAGAGAACAAUUUGGGCAAUCCUGUGUCUAUGAAGUAGCAAUCAAACACUAUUUGCUACAGGUGUGAAAUCUUGUCAAAUGUAUUGCUGGGAAUCUAGUGCUUUCUUGCUCUUUCAUUCUGGCUUGAACUAAUACGAUUUAAUCAGUGUAACUUACAAAUUGGUGAGGUAACAUAAGCGGUUUAUCUUAAUAUAGAGUAUGUGAUGUUACUAAUGGUGCGGUGGUUAUCCUGAAUCUCAUUUGUUGCAUCUUGUCAAGAAGAUAUGGAAGGUGUUUGCUAGGUUCAAAUGAGGUCUCUAUAACAGUAGUGAGAAUAUCUCUUUCUCUCUGAAUGAUCUUUUAUGAACCACCAAGGCUGCAGAAGGAUAGAAAGUUGGGCGAGUUGGUACGGUAACGUAAUCUUUGAUUGUAGCGCUAAGUGACACAGAGACUAGAAACAGACAGGACGAGCUGCAGGCUGCAUGUAGCUUAUACAAUACUGAUUGAAACAACGUUUUUGAUACAAUGCUGUAUCACCAUGGCUCCGUUCCAUUCAUCAUGUGUUAUUACGGUGGUGCCAAGUGUUGCUGUAUAUUAUAACAAUGCAAGGUGGCUAGUAUAACCCAACUUGAAGAGAACUGUAAAGGAUAAUACUAAGUGGAUAAGUUACAGUACUACUCCAGUACUAUAUCCCAAUGUUUCUUAUGUGCUAAGAGAUUAUACUUAGUCAUUGAAAAUUGAAGAGCUCAUUUACGACAGAUUAAAAAAAGACGAAUAAAUAUCUUUGUUUUUGUUUUGGGCCGAAUAUUGUGCAUUUGUGGCACUUCCAGGUGGCUAUCAUCAUAGCACCACAUUUGAUGGCAAGCUUGCCUGACUCAUGAGAAAAAUAAUUAUGAAUAUAUAUCCUCACGGUUUCAGACAAUGAGCACUCAGUGUUGCAGUACAUACAGGUAUUUUCUAACUUAUUGGCACAAAGGGCAUUGACCGUUUUAUUACAUUUGAACUGUGGUAAAUUUCAGUAGCAUAAGCAACAUAUACAACAGUGUUGCCAGCUUUUGAUUAAAAAAUCCCAGUAGCUUGACAGACUACAUGAGACUAAUUUAAGCUUCUUGUCCAGAGUGUCAGAACAAAAAUCUGUUAUGUGUAGUUCUUACAAGUAAAAUGAAUACUUGGAAAAGAUGCGAAACACAUAGCCAUGUCAGCAACAAAUGUUACUGAAAUGAGCACCCACUUUUUUCUUGCAGCAGGAUGAGGAAUGUCUGAUAGCACAAGAUAUAGUACAUGUGAUAAAAGCAAUGUUUGCCUCACUGCGCCCUGACCUUGCACAGUGAACUGUGUUCAGAUAUUGUUGGUUUUUUAAGAUACUAUUGUUCUGUACUUGCAUUUUUGAUGAUGCUGCCACCUUUUUCUUGCCUUCCUUUUGCUAAAAGGGCAUUAAAAAUCCACCAAAUAUCUUAUGACUCUCCUAAAUAUGUGCUAAGGAGAAAAUAACAUCAGCUAUAAUAAGCAGACCUUCUUAUGUAGUACACUUAGCAAAUAUUGCAUUGAUGGCAGAAACACUGGAAGAGAAAUGGGAACUGCUGCUUUUGUCAGCCUAGUUGCGAGGAAAUCUAAUGUGUGCUUUCUAAUAUGUGUACAUCUUUGCGUGCUGAUCGACUCUGCUUCCCGCGGUGAAUUUCAGCAGUGUGCCAGCUUGCUGAAUUUGUGCGGAGAGUAAGUUUCUACUGGACUACAUAGAGAUCUGUAACAUCACGUAAUAUCAUGCUCGAACACAUUGUAAAUGUGAAUAAAAUAAGAAAAAUGUUC